AUGGAGGAAACCAUCCCAUAUAGCAUGAAGCUACCAGUUAUGCCAACCUUCAACGGAGAAGGGGACCCCCGAGAUCACACUUCCAGAUUCACAGCCUCCAUGGGACUACUCAGCAUAUCAGACGCUAUUUUAUGCAGGAUUUUCCCAACCACACUCACGGACACCGCCCAGAGGUGGUACAACAAACUGAAACCAGGAUCCAUCAAGAGCUUCGCUUCGCUAUCAACAAAAUUCCUCAACAGAUAUCUCACAAACGUACCAGCAAAAACUACCACCAGCAUCCUAAGAUCAUCCAUUCAAGAAGAAGAAACCUUACGAAGCUAUAUCGAACGACUCAACAAGCAAGCUAUGAAGAUUGAUAACCUAAACGUUGACAUGGCGACCGAAGCAUUGCAAGAAGGAACACGAUUCAGAAAACUGGUAGACAAGCUGCUGGUUAAUAAACCCACGACUUUCUCGAACCUGAUGGGCAUAGCCCAAAAAUACUUUGAGCUAGACGAGGGCGAAGGGCGAUUUGUGGAAAAGAAGCGAAAGAAAAAAAAAUCGAAAGAGAAAUCCAAAGAGAAGUUGAAGUCAAAAUAA